AUGAGCAAUAUUUUAAAAAAUUUUAGAAAACGUCAAUCUAUUUAUGAUGAUCAAUCAACGAAUGCGGAAAGAGAACCAAAGGUACCUCGUAUCAAUAUUCAUAGAACAGAUGAUUUAAUUAUGGAUGAUGCAAACUCGACCCCGUCUCUAUCUCCAUAUCAUUCUUCUUGCCCUUCACCGUCAAAUCCCGUUAUCAAUUACAAUGAUCAAUAUAAUACUUGGAAUCCGCAAUAUUAUAACAGUUUGCAAUAUUAUCAACAUUUGCAGUAUAAUAAUCAAUCAGAGAUGAAUCCAUUUUUUCCAGCCAACUACAUGAUAUCUCAGGACGAUAAUGGAGUAUCAGGUGCAUUGAAUAGAAUGACUAUCGAGGAAACAAAUGAGGCUGCAUCAGAAAUCUUUGUUGCAGGAACGGUGGCAACAUUAAAAGGAACAUGUAGUAUAGCUCACAAUUUCGAAACAUUUAUGCCCUUCGUCGCAACAUUUAUUAAACUAGGAGAAGAGAUUAUCAAUUUAUAUGACAAGGCCAAACAUAAUAAAGAGUUAUGUGGGCUCCUACUACAAAGAUGUAAUGGUGCAAUGGCUGCAGUAAGGGAUCUAGAUAUGAGGAAAACGGAAAAUGCGGAAUUUUUUUCUAAACAAGAAAACUUAGAGAUGUUUAAAAAAUUCAUUAGAUGUAUGGAAAAGAUCAAGAAAUUUAUUUUACGUGUUAGCAAAUUACACAAACUUAUUAAAUACUUUUGGGCCUGCAGCAUCGAACAGGAUUUUACUGAUCUCGUAGCAGAAUUUGAUGGGUAUAUGAGAAAUUUAAAUUUUUCCUUCAUUGUACAAUCUAGAGACGAGUUGGGAAUAAUAAAGAGUCAUGUAAAGCAGAUCAAGGAGUUAUUAUACAACGUUUAUGGUGUCAAUGAUCGUAACUAUAUAGAAUAUUUGAGGAAUAUGCAUUCGAUAACAGAGAAAAACAUUGAAUUUCAAAAACAAGACAAAUAUAACAUGAACAUGAAUUCAUCUGAAGUUAUAACUAGAGUGGAAAGAAAUGAACCAUUACUUUACUAUAAAAAUUAUGAGAAAAUCAAUUAUACGCGCUCAAAAAGAAUUGAAAAACGCAUAUCAUUAGCUGAUUGUACCGAGGUUUCAUUUAAAGAAUUUUCAAAUACCAAUGCUGCUGUUCCUUCAGAAACCAACAAUGAGCAAGCCCAUACAAAUUUUGGUUUAAGCAAAAAAUUCUCGGAUAUUACUCGAAAUAUUUCACAUAAUCUAGAAAAUAUAAGAUAUAUGGCACCGGAGAAAUUAUUAUUAGACAAUGAAGAAAAUAACAGUGAUGUUAAAAAGAAAAGUGUUUCUUAUGAUGCUAAGUGUGAAGUCUAUAGCGUUGGGGCAUUAUUGUGGGAAAUUGCUGAAUUGAAAAAACCUCAUUCGGAUCUUGAUAAAUCAGAAUUACUUGGUAGUAUUAGAAAACGCGUAAGAGAAAGAAUUAUCGAACCGUUUUCAGAUGAUGUACCUCCAAUGGAAAAUUUACCAACGUGGCGCCCUAACAUAUCUGAUAUUUGUCGUGAUUUUUACAAAUUAAAUGAAAAUUAUUCUGAGAUCUUUUUCCAGUAUAAUAAUGGAUUUGAGAAUCCAGAGGACCAUAAAUCAUAUAAUAACCGAAAUGAAAAAUCAUCAUCACCCGUAACUAUUAAUAUUCUAUCUGUGAACGACGCAAUUCGUGAGCACAAAUCUAAUGAUGGAAAUAGAAAAAUAGCGUGGGAUAGUUUCAAAUAUCAUUCAUCAACCAAUAUUGAAGCGAAAUAUUGGCUAGGGUAUUAUUAUUAUCAUCAUGGUGAGGAUAUUCCUGAAUUAAAACAAAUUAAUACAAAAGAGAGAAUUAAUAUGGCCGUAAAUAUAUUUAAAGAAACGGCUGAUAAAGGAAAUCCCUCUGCACAAUUAAGAUAUGGAAUAUGUUUAUGGAAAGGUGAAGGUAUUGCUGCAAAUUCUUUGGAAGCUUCUAGAUAUUUAAAAAAUGCAGCUAAUUCAGGAAAUUCUACCGCUAUGUAUAUUAUUGGAAAGGCUUAUUGGAAUGGUGGCAAUGGUAUUAAACAAGAUAGGGAACAAGGGGCGAGAUAUUUACGAGAAGCUGUUAGGCAUGAUCAUCCUAAGGCUUCAGAAAUGUGUACUAAAUAUAAUAUUAUGAUUUAA